CGGCGCGACUUGCGCCUCACGCCUGGGACCCCGGGGGUUUGUUUACGUCCGGGGUGGGGGGGGUGGUGUACCCGUGCGGAUCCCGCGUCCUCCCGGAUCUUUUGUGUGUCUGCGUGAGCGGCUGCCCCUCCGCGAUCGGGGACCUCCGCGGGGGGCGCUUUGGGGGAAACUUGGAGUCGGGUAGUGAGGGACUGCCGGCACGCUGUGCAGCGGAGGUCGCGGAGCCCGGGACAGCUUGGCCGGCACCGGUGCGGGCGCGAGGAGCGCGGUUGUAACUUUGCUGGAGCGCAGGCCCCGCGCUGAGUCCCGGAACGCCGGCUACCGGCUACCGGGCAAGUGUGUGGGAGGCGGGGGAGGGCUUCCUCCCGGCACCAGCGACCCAUCGCCCGCUGCACCCGGACCCUCUGUCUUCAGGGGUCCUGCCCUCUCCUCGGGGGUACGCGGGCGCCAUGGAGCGCGUGGUGGGACCAUUCCUUGAUGCCUUCUCGGGCCAUGUUCUGCAAAGCGAAGCCCCUGGGCCCCCUCCGGACUGUGGUGUGCCGGAUGGCGAUGCGGGUGCCGAGCCCCAGGAGCCGUGCGGGGAUUGUUCACUGGCUACCCCUCCGGAGCCGCUGCCGUUCCCAGGAGACGCGAGCCUGCCUGUCACCCCCAAGCCAGAGGAGCGGCGCGCCCACGGGGUUUGUCCCGCACGUGCCAGCCCCGCGCUGGCGGCGCCUGGACAGCCCCGGGACUCUGCCAGGUGGAUGUUGUGUGUAGCCGGAGCCAAGUUGAAGAGAGAACUGGAUGCCACCGCAACAGUACUGGCGAACCGGCAAGAUGAAAGCGAACAGUCGAGAAAGCGGCUCAUCGAGCAGAGCCGAGAGUUCAAGAAGAACACUCCAGAGGAUCUGCGCAAGCAGGUAGCACCACUGCUGAAGAGCUUCCAGGGCGAGAUUGAUGCACUGAGUAAAAGAAGCAAAGAAGCCGAGGCAGCCUUCCUGAAUGUCUACAAAAGACUGAUUGAUGUUCCAGACCCCGUGCCGGCUCUGGACCUUGGCCAGCAGCUCCAACUCAAAGUACAGCGCCUGCACGAUAUUGAAACGGAAAAUCAGAAGCUUAGGGAGACCCUGGAAGAGUACAACAAGGAGUUUGCCGAGGUGAAAAACCAAGAAGUUACGAUCAAAGCACUCAAAGAGAAAAUCCGGGACUACGAACAGACCCUGAAGAACCAGGCCGAAGUCAUCGCUCUGGAGAAGGAGCAGAAGUUACAAAAUGAUUUCGCAGAGAAGGAGAGAAAACUGCAAGAGACCCAGAUGUCAACCACUUCAAAGCUGGAGGAAGCGGAACAUAAAGUUCAGACUCUGCAAACAGCUCUGGAAAAAACUCGAACGGAAUUAUUUGACCUGAAAACCAAAUAUGAUGAAGAAACUACUGCAAAGGCCGACGAGAUCGAGAUGAUCAUGACCGACCUCGAAAGAGCCAACCAGAGGGCAGAGGUGGCUCAGAGAGAAGCAGAGACCCUGAGGGAGCAGCUAUCGUCGGCCAACCACUCCCUCCAGCUGGCCUCACAGAUCCAGAAGGCGCCAGAUGUGGAGCAGGCCAUAGAGGUGCUGACCCGCUCCAGCCUGGAAGUUGAGUUGGCCGCCAAGGAGCGGGAGACGGCCCAGCUGGCGGAAGACGUGCAGAGACUCCAAGCCAGCCUCACCAAGCUGCGCGAGAACUCAGCCAGCCAGAUCUCCCAGCUCGAGCAGCAGCUGAGCGCCAAGAACAGCACACUCAAACAACUGGAAGAAAAACUCAAAGGCCAGGCUGACUAUGAAGAGGUGAAGAAAGAGCUCAAUAUCCUGAAGUCAAUGGAGUUUGCGCCAUCAGAGGGAGCUGGGACCCAGGACUCGGCCAAGCCCCUGGAGGUGCUGCUACUGGAGAAGAACCGGUCGCUGCAGUCGGAGAACGCUGCCCUGCGCAACUCCAACAGCGACCUGAGCGGGUCAGCCAGGAGAAAAGGGAAAGACCAGCCGGACAGUCGGCGCCCGGGACCUUUGCCGGCCUCCCCUCCUUCCCAGUUGCCCCGCAACACGGGGGAGCAGGCUUCCAAUACUAAUGGUACACACCAGUUCUCACCAGCGGGGUUAAGUCAAGACUUUUUCAGCUCGUCCCUGGCAAGCCCCAGCCUACCCCUGGCUUCUACAGGAAAAUUUGCACUAAACUCUCUCCUCCAGCGACAGCUAAUGCAGUCCUUCUACUCCAAGGCCAUGCAGGAAGCAGGCGGCACAAGCGUGAUUUUUCCAACAGGUCCAUACAGCACAAACUCCAUACCUUCCCAAAGCCCAAUACAACCAAGCCCAGAUGUAAAUGGCAUGGCCCCGUCUCCCAGCCAGUCAGAGAGCGCUGGGAGCGCCUCCGAGGGCGAGGAGAUGGACACUGCAGAAAUCGCCCGGCAGGUCAAAGAACAGCUCAUCAAGCACAAUAUCGGCCAGCGCAUUUUCGGACAUUAUGUCUUGGGACUGUCACAAGGGUCCGUGAGCGAGAUUCUGGCCCGGCCCAAGCCCUGGAAUAAACUGACUGUGCGUGGCAAGGAGCCGUUCCACAAGAUGAAACAAUUCCUCUCCGACGAGCAGAACAUCCUGGCUCUUCGCAGCAUCCAAGGCAGACAAAGAGAGAAUCCAGGCCAGAGCCUGAACAGACUAUUUCAGGAAGUACCGAAACGAAGAAAUGGGUCUGAAGGUAACAUCACCACCCGGAUCCGCACUUCGGAGACUGGUUCCGAUGAAGCAAUCAAGUCCAUCUUGGAGCAAGCCAAGAGGGAACUGCAGGUGCAGAAAACUGCAGAGCCAGCCCCGCCCUCCUCGGCACCAAACAGCGGGAAUUCGGACGAUGCCAUCCGCUCCAUCCUGCAGCAAGCCCGCCGGGAGAUGGAGGCCCAGCAGGCUGCCCUGGAACCCCCCGCAAAAGCCACCUCGCUGCCCCAGCCUGACCUUGCCCUGCUCACCCCAAAGCUGCUGUCUGCCUCACCCAUGACGGCCGUGUCCAGCUACUCUCCUCUUGCCAUCUCCCUGAAGAAGUCCACCGCAGCCCCCGAGGCUGGCGCCUCGGCUCUGCCCAACCCCCCGGUCCUUAAGAAGGAGGCUGCUGAGGGCCCCGGGCUGGACGCCCCGGGAGCAGCCGACGGCAGCCAGGGUGUCCUGAGGCACGUGAAGGGUGGCGUGUGGAAAGACUCCUGGUGGGGCACCAUGCAGCCUGAACGCAGGACCCCCGCCUCUGCUGAGGAGGCCAAGGCCGACGAAGCCAGCAGCGGGAAGGAGAAGGCGGGUGGCAGCCAGCCACGAAGCGAGCGUGCCCAGCUGCAGGGCCCCUCAUCCUCAGAGUACUGGAAGGAGUGGCCCAGCGCCGAGUCCCCCUACUCCCAGAGCUCAGAGCUGAGUGUGACGGGGGCCAGCCGCAGCGAGACACCCCAGAACAGCCCCCUGCCUUCCUCCCCGAUUGUGCCCCUGGCCAAGCCCACCAAGCCCUCUGUGCCACCGCUGACCCCUGAGCAGUAUGAAAUCUACAUGUACCAGGAAGUGGACACCAUCGAGCUGACGCGGCAGGUGAAGGAGAAGCUGGCCAAGAACGGCAUCUGCCAGAGGAUCUUCGGGGAGAAGGUGCUGGGCCUGUCCCAGGGCAGCGUCAGCGACAUGCUCUCCCGGCCAAAGCCGUGGAGCAAGCUGACCCAGAAAGGUCGGGAGCCCUUCAUCCGGAUGCAGCUCUGGCUGAAUGGCGAACUGGGCCAGGGCGUCCUGCCUGUCCAGGGGCAGCAGCAAGGGCCAGUCCUCCACUCAGUGACGUCACUACAGGACCCCCUGGCGCAAGGCUGCGUGAGCUCAGAAAGCACUCCAAAGACCUCUGCCAGCUGCAGCCCUGCCCCUGAGUCCCCGAUGAGCUCCAGCGAGUCCGUCAAGAGCCUAACCGAACUCGUGCAACAGCCCUGCCCCGCCAUCGACACAAGCAAGGAUGGCAAGCCACCCGAAGCCAGCGACCCCCCGGCCCCAGACUCCCAGCCCAGCACCCCACUGCCUCUCUCUGGACACUCAGCCCUCAGCAUUCAGGAACUGGUGGCCAUGUCUCCUGAGCUGGACACCUAUGGCAUCACCAAGAGGGUCAAGGAGGUGCUGACGGACAACAACCUCGGUCAGCGCUUGUUUGGUGAGACCAUCCUGGGGCUCACCCAGGGCUCCGUCUCCGACCUCCUGGCCCGCCCAAAACCCUGGCACAAACUCAGCCUCAAGGGCCGGGAGCCCUUCGUCCGUAUGCAGCUGUGGCUCAAUGACCCCAACAAUGUGGAGAAGCUGAUGGACAUGAAGAGGAUGGAGAAGAAAGCCUACAUGAAGCGGCGGCACAGCUCAGUCAGUGACAGCCAGCCCUGCGAGCCGCCCACCGUGGGCAUCGACUACAGCCAAGGAGCCAGCCCACAGCCCCAGCACCAGCUCAAGAAGCCACGGGUGGUGCUGGCCCCGGAGGAGAAGGAAGCUCUUAAGCGGGCCUAUCAGCAAAAGCCAUACCCGUCACCAAAAACCAUCGAGGAGCUCGCCACCCAGCUCAACCUGAAAACCAGCACAGUCAUCAACUGGUUCCACAACUACAGGUCUCGGAUCCGCAGAGAACUGUUUAUUGAGGAGAUCCAGGCCGGGAGCCAGGGCCAGGCGGGCACCAGCGACUCGCCAUCGUCGGCCCGGAGCGGCCGCGCCGCACCCAGCUCAGAGGGUGACAGCUGCGACGGCGUGGAGGCCGCCGAGGGCCCGGGCGCCGCCGACGAGGAGCCAGGCGGUCCCGCGGCCGCCGCCAAGUCUCAGGGAGGGCCCGCCGAGGCGGCCGCGGCCCCGGCAGAGCGGGAGGAGGCGCCCCGGCCCGCAGAGAAGACGGAGCCGCCGCCCUCGGGGACCCCGGGCCCGGACGACGCCCAGGACGCGGGCAGGCCCAGGCCGCCACCCGAGGGCCCGGCCGACGGCCCGCGGCCCGUGCCAAACCCCGCCGGCGCCGCCCCGGCCACCGCGGCCCUGGCCGGGGAGGACGCCGCUACCUCAGCCGCCCCGCCCGGGGACGGCCCCGGCGCGGCCCCCGGCGCUGCUUCUUCGGCCGAGAGGAGUUCCGCGUUGCCAAGCACCAGCGCGCCGGCCGGCCGCAGGCCCAGCUCGCUGCAGAGCCUCUUCGGCCUGCCCGGGGCGGCGGGCGCCAGGGACUCGCGAGACAACCCCUUGAGGAAGAAGAAGGCCGCGAACUUGAACAGCAUAAUCCACCGCCUGGAGAAGGCCGCCAGCCGGGAGGAGCCCAUCGAAUGGGAGUUCUGAGGGGGUGCCGGCCUCCCGGCCCCCAGCCCCAGCGCCCGGGCAAGGAGGCCGAGACGGGCCGUGCUGAACCGGGCCAAGCCGGGCCGGGCCGAGUCCAGCCGGGUCGGGGAGGGACGGGGCGUCGGGCCAGCUCCGUGGCCCGGACCGUGUUGCGCACUUACCGCCCUGCGGGCCACAGGGCAAAAUCGCCAUAGGCCAAGGUGCAUAUAGAAAACAGGAGCAUUAAGCCCAAUCUAUGUCGUGUUUUCAAGGAAGAAAACGGAAAUGUGUAGUCGAGCUUUUUUGUACCCUCAAGUGUUUUUUUUAUUGCCCUAAAGUGAUUUCCACAGGUUCUGGGAUAACUCUUACAGCUUUUUGCCUUGCGCCCUCCUCUUGGUGUGGGCUUAAAACAAAACAAACAAACAAACAAAAAAAAUCAAACCCACAUAUGAAAAGGGGGCUUUUUAUCUGCCAUCUAAUGGCUUCAGAGCGAUAAUACACUAUAUUAUCUUCUUAAACCAGGAAGGGGGGGAGGGAGGGAUUUUUUCAGAAAAAAAAAAAAGUUUUUGUAGCUAUUCAGUUGCCACUAAGAGAUUGCACAGUCAAACCGACUCUAAACACACUAGUUUGGAUUCCUAAAUAUUUUCAAGAAAAUGAAAUCUUCUCGUUUGAAACUUUGAAUUAAGAUAAAACACAUUUACUCCACGUAUUUUUUAACAAAAGAGAGAAAAAGAAAGUUACAUCAGGAAACCCUCUUGAUUUUGUGGUAGCUGAGGUAGUGUUUUCUCGAACGUUCGUGACUAGAAUCCUGACGUGUAGUGCACAUUGAUCCAUAGCUUUAACUGGCCCCUGGCUUUUCCGUCUGGGGUCUGUUUAAUACACUCCAUUCUAGGCCAAAUCAGGACAGGAAAAAAAGAAAAAAGAAAAAAAAAAAAAAGAUCCGAAUCUAGGUAUUUUAUAAUCUGCUUUUUAACCUCUAACCGCAGAGCACGCUGAUCAGACCUCAUAUUGGGAGAUUCAGGAGACAAGUUAGCAUGUUCCCGUUCUCAUUUCGUUUUAAUUUAUGGUGUCUGCGUCCAUGUUGGUGCAUCUGUACGCGAGUGAGCGUACACAUGUGCGAGCCGUGAAAGAAGUUGGAGUGAAGGGCAGGAGGCCCCCUGCCACGUGUGGGCAGGUGGAUCUGGGGCCCCCAAUAGACAGAAGGCACCUCACUUCUCACCACUCCCCCCACCCACGACCCAGGACUUUGGGCAGGGCUGGCUCCAGCACUCUCUCUGUCCCCCGCGUCCCCCCUCCUUCUUCCCACCACAAGCACUGAUGGCCCUGUUGACCCCGUGGGAAGCUCCCUUCCCUGCAGGAGAGAGAGAGAGAGCCCUGGAGGCAGCCCGGUCUGCACCACCAACCCCUCACCCCAGGCAUGCGCGCACACACACACACACACACACACACACACACACCCAUGGGGGCGGUCCUUCAAUGCUGUCCACUCCAGACCAGACCAUUUGCCCUCCCCUUCAUUUCGCCUCUUGAGAAGUUGUUUUAUGCACAAUUUAGGGCAGCCUAAGUACAAAUCCACAAGUCUAACUUGUCUCUGACUCCUCCUGUUGUCGAUGUGUAUAUGCGUGAGAACAGAGGUGGAUGAGAGUGUGCGUGCGUGCGUGUGUGUGCAAUUUUAUACGUCUGUGUAUUUUCUUAAGUCCCUGUGCACACAUAGAGUGCAUUACUGCCACCUUUUUCCAAUAAGCUGUUGUAUCGGUUAUGGCUUCUACAAGUUGGCUAAUUUAGACUCCUUUAUUGCCAUAUCUUUAAACUAACAAUAGAUGAUUUCGGUAUAUAUAUAUAUAUUUUUUUUUGCUUAUUUAUAGGUGCUGUAUUUUAUUAUCUGAUUGUUAGGAAGGGAUGAGAGGGGCAAAUAUUUAGAGGGAUAGACUGCCGGCAGUAUUGGGUAUAAUUUACAAGAUGUAGUUGUCAUACUGUAUAUUACUGAUUGAAAACUUUUUGACCGUAUCGUGUAUCAUUGAAAAACCUUUGUCUUAGGUCAACAUCUUUGGAUGACAUUUUAAUGGUGCAUUCAUUAUUUCUUAAGUUUAAUUAAUAUUACUUUUUUUUUUUGAUUGGGGGGGUGGGAAGGGAGUUAUUUUACAGGUAUGCUCCCACUGUUACGCCUCUGUGUGCUUGUUAUGAAUUAACUCGUAGGAUUUUAACUGUAAGAUGUGAAACCACAUUUCUUGCAUGAUGUGUUAGAAAUUACGUUAUUUCAUUUACAGUCUUUUUUUUUUUUAACCUGCAACCGCAGCAUUUAGUUGAAAGUUUUUCACAGAUUUAAGAGUCACUACACUAAAGACAAUGCCUGGUCAUGAAUACCUAGUCAUCAGGAGGCUCUAGGAGGCUGGGAGGCAGACCCCGUGUCCAGCCCAGACGGGCGAGCUGUUUCGGAGCUUGCCAUCCAGUUCUGUGAGAAGAAGCAUGGGAGGGGAGCAGCGGCUGGGGCAGGGAGUUGACUUACUGGAUUCAGGUUCGCUUGAGGACGAGUGGUUCCCGCCCCUAGCACCCCAGAGGGACAGAGCGUUCUCCCCCUCCCCUGCCCCGUGACUCUCUCAGUGUCUAAUUCUCAUUAGCACAGAAAGCGGGGUGUCGAGCUGGUGGGAACCGUCAGGUGAGGAAUGGCGUUUCAAAGGUGUGACUGUAACCUACCAGGAUAUUUGGGGUGUCGGAUCCCGACAGAGAAGUGCAGAUUGGGCCCUCCUGGUGACCAAACAGCCUGACAUCCGCCACUUUGGCUCUCCCAAGCAAUUUAGCCCGAUUUUGUUGUUGUCGUCAUCUUUUUUUUUUUUAUUUUAUUUUAAUUUUUAACUAAGUUGUUGUUGAUUUCCAUUCUUUUUUUUUUUUUUAAUUUGUGGCCAGACUUCCAUCUGGGUGCUCGAUACAGUCAGUUGGUUAAAUUUUGCUUGCAGUUCUGUGUUUGUAUUUUUUCCUAUUAUUUAUUUUAUUUUAUUAUUAAAUUUUUUUUUAAUUGAGAUCCCAACCUCACCAUCUCUUGUGCGAAGCUCUCACUCACUGUCUGUCAUGUAUUUCUGCAAGCUGCCACUAAAUCACAGGGACCUGGGGCACGGGCACCUCCCCUCCCCGUUCUGCCCCUGAGCCUGCAAUGCGCAGGUGCACCCUUGGUCUCGAGAAGCAAUAUUCAAGUGCCUUGAAUAGCACCCUCUCCGUGUGGGGUCCAUCUUCCCCAGGCAGCCCCCUCUCUCCCCUACCUGCUUCCACCUCUCCCCUGCUCUGUCGGUCACUUCACAAACGGGUCUGGCUCUCUUCCCACCCCUGCCCCAACCUUGCCGCCCUCUUAGAACACUAACUGAUAACUUGGUUACAAACUCCGUUGUGCCACAUUCAGUGGGCCUCUCUCUGCUGGUCCUACGAGGUAGCGUUCCAAAUAGCAGGGCCCAUGCUGAGGCUUAACCAGCUCAGCAGAGACCCCAGUGUCACACGUGGUUGGCCCCAAUCUUUAGUUCCUGCUCAGCAGGUUGGCUUGUGGCAUUGUGGGUAGCAGAUAUGCGGGUUCUAACUUAGCAGGGAGCUCACUGGCUUCCACUCCAGGAGAUUUCUGGGUCCCUGUGAGUGCCGGGGACACUUCUCUGUACAGACUAUUAGCACAGCCCUUGAGCCAACGGGACAUGAUGGGCCCCUGGGGUCCAAGCCUGGGGCUGCUGUCAGACCACUCCCCUCCUUGAACACUGGCAGAGGGUCCCUGGUCACGUCUCCUCAGGACAGGUCCUGAGCCCUCCAAAGCACAAAUUCCUCGCUGACCAGUUUCUUUCCUGUCACCAUCUUUGUUUCCUCCUUGCCUGGGGUAAACCUUUCUGUCCACCCCUGCUGUUCAGGACUGCUGGCCACAAGGCCGGACCCAGGGGCCAGCUCUCCCUCCCGGGCCUGGGCCAGGGCCAAGGUCCAUGCCACAGCUCCCCCAACAGAAGGCAAGGUGUGCUGGAACAAGGAGGGUCAUGCCCUGGGAGCUGGGGGUACUGAGCCUCUUUGUUCCUGCUGUGUCUGUGUCCUGCCUGCUGUGCAGGGGCUGUCUGGGGACUGUGUGUCCCUUCUAUGCAACAUCGGUCAGCCCUUAAAAUUGGCAGAGGUUGGGUAGACCCGAUGGCCGAUCAACCCUGACUGAGCCUUGGCCUGUAGGAGCCAGAGGUUGUGUUCAUUCAUUCCCAGGCAGGCCUAGCAGCUAUGCAGGGCCAGCGUGCAGGUUGUUGGCUGUAGUACUGCAGGUGGCAGGCAGAGUGGGGGAGGCUCCUGCAGAAGGCCAACAGCAUCCCUCCCAGCAUGUCCUCAAACCCCUCACCCCUUCUACCUCACUAACCUGGGCUAUCCACGGCAUGUCACCUCCUCGGGGCUGUGGGACGCAUGGGCUGGUUGGGGGGGCGGUUCGGGGAGGCACCUGGAGCUUGCCCUUGUUCCUGGGGUUCUAGAAACUGUCUGCCCAGAAGGAGGGCAUGAUCUCAGGCCAGGGAGGUCCUAGCCAGUAGGCUGUUGGUCCCUGCCUGUCCCUGUUCAGUUGUUGCCAUCUACUGCAAUGUCGUGUCCUGGCCUUGAGCUGCCCCUCACCCCACCCCCAGGAGCCAUGUGAGAGCCACCUCAACUACCCAGAACCUCGAAGCCAUCCACAUCUCCAGCACUGAAGGGGAGUGGUGUGGUCAAGGCUUCAACUUUACUGAAAGCUCCCUCUGUCUCACUAACACCAACUGCGUGAAGGGUGAGGAGGGGUCUCUGACCCCUUGACCGUUUCUCCCGAGAAGAAAGUGUUCAUUUCUACCCAGAGCCAAACCACACACCAGCUCCCAGGCUGCUGGCCAGCGGCGGGUCCCCUGGCUCCCGCACUCGGGGCUGGCAAAGGCAGCCAGCGGACCUGGCGUUUUAUCCAGGGAACCCACUUACCACAGGUCGGCACUGCCAUCCAGGCUGCUAGUGUGGGUGUUAGAGUUGAAGGCCGAGAGACCCCAAUCACCCAACACAAACCCAGCUCCCUGCCGCAUGUGCUGAGAGAACUUGUAGUCCGAUUUGACCAAAUUCAGCAGUAACUCCCAGCAAAAUGGGAAACCGGGUUCCCAGUGAAGAUUUCAAAAAGAGCCAGCCAUAGAAAUGUGGCUGAAUGCCAACGCCAUGGCCAUACUCCCCAGCUGUUCCCCAUGGCCUAAACACCCCUUCCCUACUUGGUGACAGAAAAGGAAAUGUGAUUUCACCCUGGACACCCCACUUCCAGGAGCCUGUCACCUCCCCCCCACCGCCCCACUCCCAGAUCCCAGGUCGACAUCAGUGGCAUCUUGCUGAAUUUUCAUGUUUAGACGAAGUUUGACAUUUAAGCUUUAACAAGACAUUUUCCCAAAGCGCCCCGUCUCCUCCUUCAAGAUCCUGACUUGAAAAGUUGGGCAUUGAUUGUAGGUGUAGAAUCCUCGAGAAAGGCGAGUGAGAGGAACGCAUGUGGCUAUGCAGAAGUGUGUGCCCCACCCCCGCUGCCCCCACACCCCCGUCGCUCACCUGUCUCAAUGCCUUUGAGUUAACUUUUUGUGGGUCCUUUUCGUUGGUUGAGUCUCUGUCCAGAAGUCGGAGCUGCAGUACUGUAACUCCUGUAGUGUCCUGGCUUUAAUUUCUACCACAGAAUAUGCUGUAUGUGAUGUAUCAAGCUUUCUGGAAUCAGAAAGGAAAGGUGCCUUAUAUCCCAAUGUCAUGGCUGCACCCCUAUGGAAAAUAUUCAGAAGCACAGCGCACACAUGCUCACAGACGUAGGGCUUUGGGGACCCCCCACCCCGACCCCGCCUGGUGAAAGGGACAUCACUGAGCAAGCACACAUCCCAGUGGGCCCCCCAACCUUGGGGCUACCUUCCCUUCCCAACCCUUGCUCCCUUCUCCUGCUUUCUUCAUCCUUUUUUUUUUUAACUUCUUUUUCUUCCUCUGUGGUUUGCUUUAAACAGAAAAAGCACUUAAGUAGCUGACUACAUGGGAAAGCCCUGUGCAAUAAGAAGUCAUCGCCCUUGGUUUUGUAAGCACUACUGUAGGGUGCACACACCGAACGGAACUCUGGGGAAGCCUGGCCCCGGGUCGCCUUGGGUCAUCCACCUGAGGAUGUGCUCACUGUAGUUGGGUUUGUGCACGAACCGGGGUGGUGGGGGGAGGUGCAGCAAGGGGGGGACAGCCCCUCCCACACCUCCUUCUCCCCACCAGCCCCCUCGGGUGACCCAGCCCAGUUGGCUGGAACUGCUGGCCUGGGCAGGGUGGGGAUUGCGAGCCGCAGGUGUCCAAGGCCACAGCCGUCCCUUGUAGCACUUAGCCUGUGUCUUGUUGAGGCGGACUGAUCGAUGGCUGCUGCCCCGGGCGCCGUGUGUCUGUGCAUGCGUGACGAUAGUGAGCAAAGGGGUGUUUCCUUAAAAGGGGGGAGGGGGGAAGAAAAGAUGUCUGUCUCUCCUAUUUAUUAUUAGGUUACUGUUAUCGUUGUGUUGUCGUUGUUUCAUUGUUAUAAAUGCUUUUUGCUGUCACUCCGAAGUUGACUAUCCUCGACCUCCUCCAGGAGUUGCGGGGAGGGGGGAGUUGCCGGGGGUG